AGCCUGCCCGCCGCCCCUAUGCAGUACGUGCCGCCGCAAAGCGCGAAAGCCCACCCCGCUCAACUCGUCCCCCCUCAAUUCGGCUACGUGAUCCUGGUGUUCAUUUACAGCUGGGUCAUGCUGGCUUACCUGGGAGCCAAAGUGGGCUUAGCCAGGAAGAAGUACAACGUCAAGUAUCCAAACAUGUACAGUGAUAAAGAACCCAUAUUCAACUGCAUCCAACAUGCACAUCAAAACACAUUGGAGAUAUAUCCUCAAUGGCUGAUCUUCCAACUGAUAGCUGGAGUUGUCUAUCCGAUCACUGCUUCUGUGCUUGGUGUCAUUUGGGUAACCAGUCGAUUUACUUAUGCAUGGGGAUAUUACACAGGGGUGCCAGAGAGAAGAAUGACUGGGUCCUAUGGAUACAUUGGCCUUCUGGGAGUCAUCUUUCUGUCCAUAUUCAUUGCUUUUAAAACCCUUGUUUCAUAAGUGAUAAAACUAGCACAAUAAUGGGUUGAGAAAGAUAUAAAAGAACAGUUGUCAGGCAUUCUACCUAUCCAGCCAUUUUGAAAUGGACACCAGCUCCAAACUUCUUCCUGCUCCUUGUUUAUCAAUCGGUUUAAAUAUUGCCAACAUGUGGUAGAGUUUUCUUCCAGCUAUGUUAAGCACUGCUGUUGUAUUUAAUCAAAUUGUGCACUGGGAAACAAGACUAACUUCCAGAUUUCAUUUUUAAAAUAAUCUUUAGGCAAAUAACUGUUGCACCUUCUGCCCAAAUAUGAAUUCUUUUACUUUUUAGCUAAAUUCUGUGAUUCUUGUUGAAGCAAUAUUGAACUGAGCUUAAUAUUUCUCAUCUUUUAAGAUGGUCACUAAAGUUAUUUCAGAAAUUUCAAUCCAAGAGCCUCAGUUUAUAUUAUGGGUUGAAUUUAAAUCUGACGAAAGAUUGCAAGUAGAAAAUAUAGAUGUACAGAACUCGUGAAAGAAGGUGAAGUUAUAAUUCAGCUGAUAGGCACAUAGACCAUUGAAAGAGAAAGCUAGGCAAAGGCAAGGCUGUGAUUCAUCAAUGAAUGUCCUGACAAUGCCAACUGAAAUAAGUAUACACUUUUCAUAUGUUCACUGACUUGUAUAUUACGUGUUUUGACAGAUUUUCAACACCAUUAAACGUUAUCCAUUUUAAACUUCA